AUGCAACCAUCAUGUAUCAUAGAAAUUCAACCAGCUACCCCAGUAACUAAAAAUCAUUCAAAAAAUUUUCAUAAAACAGAUCCUAUUAUAGAUUAUUCACAAAAUUCUAUAAUCAAUAAUAAUCAAUCUAAUAAUAAUAAUGAUGAUGAUAAUUUAUCGAUUGAAUCAAUUCAUAAUUAUUUAGAAAUUAAACCAUCUAAUUCAUCAAUUAAUCAAUCAAUAAAAUCAUCAAAUAUAAGAAAAUAUAGUAAAAAUAUUCAUUCAAAUAUUAUAUUAACUAAAUCCAAUACACAUAUACCAUCAUGGAGAACACAUAAAUAUGGUAAAUAUUGUUGGAAAAGUUGGAUUACAUUUGUACAUUUAGUGAUUGCAUUUAGAGCAAUAAUUGUACGUAUUGGAUUUAUAUGUUUUACAUGUACAGCUAUUGUAAGUGUUGUAAAAGAGAAACAAGAUGGAAGAUUUUGGUUUUUAGCAUUAACUAUUAUACCAUUAUUAAUUGAUUUAAUUGUAGCAAUUAAUGCAUAUGUUUCUGGUAGAUCUGUAACACCAACAAUAUCUAAAUGGUUUUCACUGUGUAAUUUCACUUAUCUCAUUUGUGCUUGUCCACCUAUAUGGAUUAUUGAAUUACAUCAUAUGGAUCAAGUGAAUAAUGCAUCUGCUCUAUUUGAGCUAAUGACAACCAAAAAUCAUACUCCAAUUAUUACAGUUCCAGCAUGGAUAAAUAAAGCACCAUCAAUAAUAUCACGUGAAAAUGAAAGUAUGAUGAUUAUGGGUACAGAAAUUGAAGAAUUCAUGAAUUCAGCUUAUUUGACAACAAAAGAGCCUCAGAGAACAAAAAGAAUGACUCGUAAUACAUUUAUUCAUGAGGUCUUAUCAAAUGAAACUAUUGGUUUACAAGUUUCAAUGGAUGUAUUACAAUCAUUACAAUUACAUAAUUUUUCAUUAAAAGAACGGAUACGUAUUUUGGAACAAUUAUUAUUACUAUCUGUAAUUGUUGGACGUUGGUUAAUGCCUAGAGAAGGAUUAACACGUGAUCAACUAUCUCAAUUAUUAUUAAUUAACAUUGGUACAGCAGCAGAUAUAUUGGAAUUAUUUGAAGCAUUUAAUGAACAAGAAGUUCGUAGAAAUGAUUUUCUACGCACUGUAAUUUUAUCAUUAUGGCAAGCUAGUUUAUUACAAUUUUGUUUCAAUAAAACAGCACUUAAAACACAAAAGAAUUACAAUAAUAGAAAUUUAUUAUUGUCUAAAUCAAAUGAAUUAUCUUCAUUUCAAAGUUCAAUGGAUGAAAAAUCAUUAAGUGAUGGUGAAAGUCGAUUUACUGCUAACAAUAGUAAUAAUAAUACCAAUAGUAAUGAUAGUGAUAACGUUGCAUCAAAUUUAAAAAAUAAAUCUCUAAGAAGGAAUACAUUAGCUUAUUUAAAACAAUGGUAUUUAACGCGUAAAAAUCAAAAACGAGAACCGGAAAAUCCAGAUCAUGACAAUUGCAUUAUUACCAAUGUUGAAUGUGGUUCCACAUUAAAAAUCCCCGAAUCAGACGUACAGAUACAACAACAACAACAGUCAGCUCAAUUACUUGUUCCACCUUUAACAUUAUCAUCAUCACCAUCAUCAUCAUCAAAAAUUGAUGGUAUACCAAAAUCAGUAUCACAAAAUGAUUUUAUAGAUAAUUCUAACAAUGUUAAUUGUCCGUUAAUUGGUGGUUGUCUUUUAUUAUGUCGUGAACGACCAUGUUUAUGUUGUGAAACUGAAUUAUGGGCUAUUGGUAUAUCAUUAAUGUUACAAGAUUUACCAUUUCUUAUAUUAAGAAUAACUUUAAUAGUAUAUUAUAAUGUAAAAAGUUAUUCAAAUGUAUUUUUCACUUGUAAAAAUACUUUAUUAAUUUUAUUACAAGUAUUUCGUUCAAUUGUUAUAUUAUCUGAAGCUGGUAAAUUUAAUCCAUUUUAA